UCAGCCCGCGCGGUGGCCGCUCCCGCAGCCGCGGCUGCCGCCACCGCCUGGAGCUCCAUGGGCUUCUCCUUCGCACCGCCCCGUGUGAGGCCGAGUCGGGCAAGCCGUGGCGCCCGGUGCCCGAGCCAUCGCGGACGCUGGAGGCUGGGUCCCGGGGCAGCAGCAGGCGGCGCGGGACUGCUAGCUGCCUCCAGAUUGACGAUUCUGACAUGUAUCAUACCAUCUAAGCUUUCGAGCUUGGAGCAUUAAGAAACUUGCUGCUCUUCCAGAGAUCCUUACUUUGUUUCCCGGCAUCCAUUUCAGGAGUCUUCUGUAACUCCAACUGCAGGAGAUCUGAUGCCCUCCUCUGACCUCUGGGCAUGUCCAUGUCCAUGCACAUGCCUACACACAGACUCAUACACGUACAAUUAAAGACUGGGAGCCCCAGCACUCCCAAAUGCCUUCCUCCACUCUAAAUCCCCUGUCUUCUUGCCAAAGGCUUUGUUCCUGUGCCUCUCUGGACCUUGAGUAUUCUUCUAUCAGAUGCCAGUAUGGACAGAAUAGCUUAUGAUGCUUAUCCCUACCCAUCACUUCCGAGACAUUGAGCGGAAACCAGAAUACCUCCAGCCAGAGAAGUGUGCCCCACCUCCCUUCCCUGGUCCUUCGGGAACCAUGUGGUUUAUCCGAGAUGGCUGUGGCAUUGCUUGUGCCAUUGUCACCUGGUUUCUGGUCCUCUAUGCAGAGUUUGUAGUCCUCUUUGUCAUGCUGAUUCCAUCCCGAGACUACGUGUACAGCAUCAUCAACGGAAUUGUGUUCAACCUGCUGGCCUUCUUGGCCCUGGCCUCCCACUGCCGGGCCAUGCUGACGGACCCCGGGGCAGUGCCCAAAGGAAAUGCCACUAAAGAGUUCAUCGAGAGCCUUCAGCUGAAGCCUGGGCAGGUGGUGUACAAGUGCCCCAAGUGCUGCAGCAUCAAGCCCGACCGGGCACACCACUGCAGUGUUUGUAAGCGGUGCAUUCGCAAGAUGGACCACCACUGUCCUUGGGUCAACAACUGUGUCGGCGAGAACAACCAGAAGUACUUUGUCCUAUUCACAAUGUACAUAGCUCUCAUUUCCUUGCACGCCCUCAUCAUGGUGGGAUUCCACUUCCUGCAUUGCUUUGAAGAAGACUGGACAAAGUGCAGCUCCUUCUCGCCGCCCACCACAGUCAUCCUCCUCAUCCUGCUGUGCUUCGAGGCCCUGCUCUUCCUCAUUUUCACAUCAGUGAUGUUUGGGACCCAAGUACACUCUAUCUGCACAGAUGAGACGGGCAUUGAACGCCUCCAACGAACAAAACAGCCCAGGGAGCAGUCGGGCAGCUGGAAGUCGGUCCAGGAGGCUUUUGGUGGGGACUUUUCCCUGAACUGGUUCAACCCUUUCACCAGACCUUGUCAACCAGAGACACCCAUUGACAAGGGCUUGGUACGGCAAGUGUCAUCUCUGUCAGACAUGGACAACAUGGAAACAGCUGAGAGCCAAUUGGAGGCGACAAAAGACAGGGACUCUGUGGAGGUGCUGGAUGAAUAGAGGUCAUGGAGAAUAAGAAUAGGGGAGUGGCUGCUCCCCUGAUCUGAUGAGUGUUAGCAACUCUGUCACCCCACACUCUUUUUCCAUUAGGAUUGGGAUGGGGGGAUAGGAAGGGCAAUAGAGGGUACAGGAGAGUAGGGACUUUCUCUGAGUUCCUCUUAACAGGAUGUGCCAAAAGUGAUCCAGCAAGGGAAAUGGUGACCAGGAUGUCACAGGUGGGGGAUCCACUUCUGCUUCUUGAGGGCUGUCUUGGGGAGGCUGAGGAUCUUGGGGAAGGAAUACUCUAACAUUAAGGAAGACCAGCCCGGAAGGCUAGAGAAGACUCCAGCCAUUUCCAGGAAAGGGAUUCCUUGGCUGGCUGACUUGAAAUCAACAAAGGAGGGACUGCUGCACCUGCCCUCGGGGCUUGGGCUUGGUUGAGAGAGCGUACACAUGUACAGAGUCUACCCAAAUAAAAGUGACCCUGAGUUAUGACAGUAUCGCCAUCCUAUAGAUAUUAGGCUCUUCCCUGAGACAACAGUGCAGCCAGCCUCUCCGUAGCCACAAGCAUGCAUUCCCAGAAGCGCUAGCUGAAGACAUUUAUCGAACUCCUGGAAAAAGUCUGUAAGACAUGGGGACAGGUCAACCAGAAAUGGCCUCCUUUGAAUUUUAGAGCAGCGCCUAAGACGGUACCUCACAUAAAACUGCAUUGCUAGACCUAAUGACACAUGCCUUAUUCCCAACAUUUAGAGCUGGCAGCUAAACCUCUGUUGCUUUGAGGAGAAACUGGUCCACAUGGUUCUGGCUACAUAGUGAAACCCUGUCUUAAAAACAAUAAAGAACUGCAUGGUGGCCAGGACAUGCAGACUGUAAGCCAGGAAGACCCCAGGCACUGCUCUCCCUUGAUGAGUUUGGACCUAGUCUGCUCACUGGAGCUUGAGGUAUCUGGCAGUUACUGAUAGUCUGGGCAGGCUCCUGCACUCCCCAGUCCAUUGCAGUGGUUGCUGAAGCAGCAGCUUCUGCAAUCUAACCAGUUAGAUAGUCUCAAGAAACACACCCAACUCAACCCACCCCUUGAACCAUUCCCCAGCAUUGCUGGCACUGACCCUGGCAGAGGGUUGUGUCACAUCUCUUCUAGCUCUGUGAGUCCUGGGCCAAUGGAAACUGUGACCUCAGUGACAUGAGUCUCAGGACCCUGAGAAAGGAAAGCUGUGGGGAGCCAAGUGGUGGUCUGAUUCUUGGGCAGCAUCUAGGUGGUGCCACAGAGUGUCAGCAGGACUUCAACAUUAGCAGAUGUGGCCUACUCCACCCCACUGCAAGUGCACUUCCUCCAAGCAGGUCUGCUUUAACAUUUAUUAGCAAUAACAUGAGGAACCCAAGUUGGCCCUAAUCUUGGCACUAUGUGGAAACAGCCAUAGGGCCCCCAACCCUAAACAGACCUAGGCGGCUCAGGUGCUGGACCAUAACCAGAGAUUCCAUACCAGGGAGAAAUCAGAGCUAGUGACUAGGUCCCCAAGGAGCAGCAGUUAAAAUAAGGAAGGAGCUUUGGAAUCAGGAUUUGUUAACUGAAUAUCCUUGUACACUGAAGCUAAAACCAGUCUUGCAGAGAUACCUCCCAGCCCACAGCCAUUUGUUUCUAGAGUACUUCUCCUGGAAGGCUGAAGUAUGCAUUUUGCUCUUACAGUUUUAGGUCUUCCAUACUCCUCUGCAAGCCCAUUACCAUGUCAGGGCUCAGCCAUAUUUCUGUGUCCAGGAGGUACUGGAUAGCCAGCAUCAUAUAGGUAGUAGUCUGUCCAGCCCUGGGCCUUGUGCCUUUGCACCAGAACCCAAUGGCUUUCUCUCCAUGGCAACUCCUGAGAUUCUACUCAGCACUGCAGCUGAUAAGAGGAGGCCCAGCAUUUCCGGGCCAGAGGCUGCUCGCACACCCGCCUCUUGCUUUGAAUAAUAGUUCUUUGGUCUACCUCUGUGGCUAGAGGCACCAAUUUUUUUUUUUAGCAGGAGAUCCUAGCCCAAAGCCUUGGACAACAUCCUUCCUCUCAGGUCUAGUGUGUAAAACAAGUGUCACAGACACUAACUGAUUUCAUGUGAUUACUAACUGAUCCUUCAUAGCCCCAGCAUAGACAGAGGUUAUUCCACAAGCAUGUACCAGCCAUCUGCACGCCACGGAGGUGGGCAUCUGGACAAAAGGAGUCAGGACUUGGGGUUUUCUGGUUUCAGGUGAAUGAAGGAAAGAUGACAGGUUUUACAUUAACUUGACACAAGCUAAAGGUAUUUGAGAAGAGGGGAUCUCAAUUGAGAAAAUGCCUCUGUAAGAUGGACCUUUACACAAAUAUAGUGUAGUGCAUUUUCUUGAUUGAUAUAGGAGGGCCAGGUCCAUAGUAAGUUGUGCCACCCCUGGGCUGGUAAUCCUGGAUGGAAGAAGAAAACAUGAUGGGCAAGCUAUGAGGAGCAAGCUAGUAAGCAGCACUCUGUGACCUCUGCAUUAGCCCAUGCCUAUAGGGUCCUGCCCUAACUUCCCUCAGAGAUGGACUGUAAGUUAGAUGCAAUUAACCCUUUCCUCCCCCGGUUGCUUUUGAUCAUAGUGUUUUAUCACAGCAACAGAAACCCUAAGGCAAGAAUGACCUUUGAAUACACAAAAUACCCCUUAUUCAAUCUGUACUCAGUAUCUCUGGAAUACAUGUCCACUUAGAAUUACAGCCCUUGAGAGAGGUUGACCAUCACGAAGAGGACCCAGACCAAGAAGGCCAACCUGGAUCCAUGAAAUUCAGAAGCAAUGAGGUUAAAUUAAGCAGCAUGCUGGCAUAAAAGAAAAUUUAACUCGAGACCACUUAGCUGUCUUAAAG